AUGAUUCCUCUUCGUCAACUGUCUCUCAUUUGGGUCGCAAUCAGGGUCAUUGCGGCUCAUCUGGCUUUCGGACUUUUGCCGAGUGACCUCGAGCGAGUGGUUGCCGCUACGAGGGAGGAGCUCCUUUCGCGUCGGCCCUCGUCCAGCUUGAGCCCCCAACAGGUCGAAGCUGAGCUUGCUGGACACCAACCCCUCAAAUGGGAGCACAUGGUCACACAAGAUGACCUGGCGCGCGUAUAUCCAUACGCGCCGUCAUCGGGAAUCGAGUACCAGGCUGCAAAGGGGCUCGACAAGGACUUGAGCAUGCUCCAGCAAGAUUUCGAGUACAUCGCCGGACACCCCUAUCGUCAACUGACCUCGGUUGAAGUUCGCGAUGCUUUGCACGACUUCAUGAAGACGUUUCUGGACGAGACCGGCUGGCGAAGGCUACAGCGCGAAGAAAAAGCAUGGCCAUACGAUGGACGCCCGAGUCAGGCGGACGUUGAAAAUUUCCUGGUGCAGGCGACCAGGCGUGGACUAUCUUUUGGGAUGUGGCCCAUUGAGCUUGGCGAUCGCCGCUACUUGAUGGCUCAACUCCUCGCCCAUACGCCGGAAUUUCGAGCUGUGCACGGAUUCAACAGCGCAACUACGAAUCAUAUCUACCUUGGUGUCUGGGAAGAGGUCGGCGCGCCUAAGUCUCACAUCUUCCAGUAUCUUGGAGCCUUCAAUUAUCCGACUCCGCGUCGCUUCCACGAUUUCAAGAAGGAUGUGCUCAAGGGCACUGCUAGGGGCAUCGACCGCAUUCGUACGUGGGGAUCAUCGCUCAUGUAUGUCAAGUUUGCGCACGAGGUGCGGUAUCCGGUUUACCCCGAUCGUCCUUCUAUGUAG